AUGUCGCAAAUAAAUAACCCCGUUAUCGGAUUUUCAGAGGAUGACGCUCGGAGACUUCACCAUCCUUAUGACGACGCACUUGUGGUCAGCCUGCAAAUAGGGGAUUAUAACAUGCAUCGGGUCCUCGUCGACAAUGGUAGCUCAGCAGACAUCCUGUACUAUCCAGCAUUCCAGCAAAUGAGAAUUGACAGGGAACGGUUAACCCCAACGAAUGCUCCACUCGUGGGAUUUGGGGGAACGAAGGUGUUCCCCUUGGGCGCAAUAACAGUAGCUGUGACAACAGGAGACUAUCCUCAGCAGAUAACUAAGGAGGUAACUUUUCUCGUGGUCGACUGCUCGUCCGCCUACAAUGUCAUCCUUGGGCGACCUACUCUCAAUUCCUGGAAGGCGAUAACUUCAACAUACCACCUGAUGAUUAAAUUCCUGACGGAGUAUGGGGUGGGAGAACUGCGGGGAAAUCAAAUAGCGGCGCAGGAAUGCUAUAUUGCCAUGUUAGAAAUGGAGGAUCAACAGCAAACAAUGUGUAUCGGAAAGCAGCGAGCAUUAGCAGAGCCAGUUGAAGAGCCAGAAGAGGUGAGGCUUGAUGACAGGCGGCCUGAACGGACGACUAAAAUUGGCACACUAGCUAGUUGGCUAGUGCGCCAAACGAUCACGACUUUCCUCAGAGAUAAUCAAGACGUGUUCGCCUGGAGUCAUAAAGACAUGCCAGGAAUCGACCCCUUAGUCAUGGUCCACAAGUUAAAUGUGUCGCCCUCAUUCCCUCCAAUCAGGCAAAAGAAACGAGUCUUUGCCCAGGAGCGAGACAAGGCCAUAGCUGAGGAGGUUCGAAAAUUACUAGAGGCAGGUUUCAUCCGGGAAGUCUACUACCCCGACUGGUUGGCAAACGUCAUUAUAGUUAAAAAGGCCAACGGAAACUGGAGGAUGUGCGUAGAUUUCACGGACCUCAACAAAGCUUGCCCUAAAGAUAGCUACCCGCUCCCAUGGAUAUACCUUGGUGGAUUCAACUGCAAGACACCAACUCCUAAGCUUUAUGGAAGUUUUCUCCGGCUACAACCAGAUCAAGAUGGACAAAUCUGA